AGGAUCCGCUUCGGCUGAUGGAGCUUUUGCGCUCUCUGCAUCAGGGUCUGGAUCAGAGCCGAGUUCUUUAUGCAUUCUUUGACUUGACCUCGUGAAUAUCCAGGUUUUAGCGGAUAAAAAAACAUCUGGAGACAAGUAUGUCUGGAACAGAAAUCUGUGAAGUGAAGAGAAAUUGAAACUGUCCCCACUCGGUCCCCCACUCGGUCCCCCACUCGGUCCCCCACUCGGUCACUCGGUCCCCCACUCGGUCCCCCACUCGGUGCUCAGGAAGAAGCGCAGAAGAGAAGCUCACUCUCGGGGCUCUUGUUGGGUUGAAUAUCACCUAAUGUACCCUUUGUACCUGUAAUAUUUCUUUCAACAUUUGUUUCUAUAAGUCUGAGGAAGUUGUGUGUGCACACAGGAGAAGCUGUUAUGAUGAAGUGCUUGUAUUUUUUGUCUGUUGUGUUUCAUGUGGCUGCAGGCUGUGAGCUCUCUAGUGAUAAUGAUUGGUUACAUAUAACAAGUUAUAAAGGACGUUCAGUGCUGUUACCCUGCUCCUGCUCUGACCUGCACUCCAAACCUCAGACAUUUACCUGGGAGACCUACAGAACAGAAAACUGGAUGAAAGUGUUAAAUGAUGAACACUACCGUGGCAGAUAUCAGCUGUUUAAUAACACUUCUCCUGCUAAUCUGUCACUACUCAUAUCUGACCUGAGAGAAGAAGAUGAGGGACUCUACAGGUGCAGCACUAAAAAGGAACACAGAGACUUCAGUCUUUAUGUUAAAGGCUGUGAGCUGGUAAAUAAGACAGGGGUAGAGGAGGUGACUGGGUUCAUAGGAGAGUCUGUAGUUCUGCCCUGCGUCUGCACUGACCUACAGGACGACCCGAAGAGGGUAACAUGGAAGUUUAAUAAAAACAAUCACUUUCAGGAAAUUUACCCAAAACAGACUGGAAAUCACAGUAACAGAGUGAAACUGGUCAGUAAAAACCCUCCAGGAAACCUUUCUCUACUCAUAUCAGACCUGACUGAAGAGGACCAGGGAACCUACAGAUGUUCUGCACAGGCUGAUAACAGAGAUCUGAGACUGUCUGUUAAAGAUCAGUGGAAGGCAGUCAGUCUUUAA